AUGAAUAUCUUAUCAGUAAAUUUAAGGGGAGUACGGGAUUCCCGUAAAGUCGAUCGGAUCAGGGGGAUUAUUACUUCUUAUGGAGUUCAUUUUCUUGCUAUUCAAGAAACAAAAUUGGGCGAUAUGUCUAAUUUUAUAUUCAACGGUUACCGGGGCAGAGCAGCUUAUCAACUGGAAGUUGUUAGUGCAGAGGGCAGAUCCGGGGGUCUAGCUUGUCUAUGGAACCCGGGUAUUUUUACUUGUGAUAAUGUCAUUAAGGACCAUUAUUUUUUGGCUCUAUCUGGCUCAUUGAAUCAGAUUGGCACUCGUAUCAACUUGGUGAACGUUUAUGCUUCCAGUGAUGCCACUGUGAAAAGGUCUAUUUGGGAUAGGUUGGUGACUAUAAAGAAUUCUCUGCAAGGGUUAUGGGUCUUCAUGGGGGAUUUUAAUGAAGUUAGAGAUGAAAUGGAGCGAUUCAAUUCUGAAUUCAUUGCGUCUAAUGCGGAGGCCUUUAAUCAGUUUAUUUUGGCCACGGGCCUGAGCGAGUAUCAAAUGGGAGGUGGUAGAUAUACGUAUAUUUCGGACCGUGGGGACAAAUUAAGCAAGUUGGAUCGGUUUCUGGUUUGUUUAGGGUUCCUGGAAAGAUGGUCGAUGGCGACAGUUUUAGCACUUAAUCGGGAUGUAUCUGAUCAUAGGCCCAUUCUUCUGUCCACUAUUCCAUCGGACUUUGGUCAUAUCCCGUUCAGAUGCUAUAAUUCAUGGAUGGAAAUUCCAGGUUUUAUUUUAUGGAGAUCGUAA